AUGAUGUACGGAUCGGAGACAUGGGCUCUACCAUCAACGGUUAUGGAGAGGCUUGACUGCACGGAACGAAAGCUGCUCAGACGACUACUUGGCUACUUUUGGCCUAGGGUGUGCCACAAUGAAGAUCCUUACGCAGAAAUUGAUGUGGUAUACCGGCAGAUGACACGUGGAAGACAUCAGCAUCUUGCACCGCCAUCGAAAGUGGCUAAAGUGCAUCGUCUUCGCUUCUUUGGUCAUAUAUUAAGGAGGCCGGUAGAUCGCCUUGUUCAACGAGUUCUGAGGAGUUUGUCGGGCUCGAGCUGA